AUGAUAAUUAGUUUCUAUGAUUAAUUACAAAACAUUAAAUUUAGAAUUCUAAAGGAAAAACGUCCUUCAAUGUAAUAAAAUGAUUGCCCCAUUUGUUACUAGCAAAUUAAUGAAUCCCACAGUGUUAUUCAAUUGCCUUGCCAUCAAGAACACUACUUUCAUGCAGAAUGUUGCAGAUAAUGGUUAGGAAGAGAUCCACGUUGUCCAUUAUGUAGACAUGGAUUAGAGUAACCAAAGGAGAUGGUACCACUUGAGUUCAUUUGA